CCCGCCUCCCAGGAGCCGCCCGAAGCCUUCCAGCCCGCCCGGGGUGAGUCGGCCGCGGUGCAGCCGGUGGUGGGCAUCAGCCAGAGGGUGAAGAUGAGGCCAGGCGAGAAGAAGGAUCUGGGCACGCUGGGCUACGUGUUGGGCAUUAUCAUGGUGGUAGUCCUCAUUGGCAUCGGAGUGGGGAUUGUGCUGGGCUACCUGUACAAGAGGGGCAAAGACCUCAAAGAGCGGCACGAGCAGAAAGUCAACGAGCGAGAAAUGCAGCGCAUCACUUUGCCCCUCUCAGCCUUCAGCAACCCGGCCUGCGAGCUUGUGGAGGAGAAUGUCAUUGUGGUGCACACCAACCCCACUCCGGUGGAGGAGAUUCAGGGGGGAAACACUCCACUCAUGGGCCAGGCCGGCACUCCGGGAGCUUGAGGAAGAGGCACCCCCCCCUCACCUGCUGGACCUCUGAGGCGGCUGCCUCUUUGCCUCUCCAUUUACCCAGAGGAUCCAUUUGUAUUUUGUUUUUCCACUUGAAAAACAGGCCACCUGGACAGAAAAGUGACCGGUGCUCGCUCCGCAGAGCAGGAAGCGUGGCGGCGUGGCUUCCCCCCCAGCCAGCAGCAGCUCUGCAGGUGGCCUGUUUGACGCAAGGGGCGGGGUUGGACUUUGGGAGGGCCCCCUGUCUCUGGCUCUCCCCUCAUGGAGCCUGCACGUCCUCUGAGCAACACCAUGCUGGAGUGGGGGAGCUUUAGCGAAAGGAAAGAGUAUGAAUGUUUGUGCAAGGAUCUGACCCUGCUGCUGAAAAGGCUGCACAUAAUAUGGCACUUCCCUUCAAAGCCGCCACAGCCUUGCCAGCCCUCCAAUCUGGAGCCAGAUGGAUCACCCACCCCCCCCCCCGUCCCAUCCCUGGGGUGCAAGUGGCCAGGCCUGUCUGAGCAAAGGGGAGGGGGGGGGGAGAACUAAAAGAAAGGCUUGGAGAUGGAGAAUUGCCCCAGAAGCGUUUUGGGUAGGGCUGGCAUGGCAGGCUGAUGCCUCUUGUGCCAGCAAGGAAGCCACUCCAGCUGUGCUUUAAAAAAAAAUCCUUUUACCACUGGGGGGGGGGGGGGGAACUGGGACUUGGAUGCCAAAAGCUGAGGUUUCUUACAAGUUCUGUUUCUGCAGAUUUAGCCGUUUUUAAAAAUAUUUUAAAUGCCUUUGGAUACCGUUUAUUUCUAAGUGUUUUGAAUACCUCAUACCUAAAAAUAAAACAAUUCAGGUUGUAA